AUGGACUGCACACAGAUUAGGAUCCAGAAGCCAUAUUCACCUUGUGGAGUUUAUGAAAUUCAGCCUGCAGGAACCAAUGCUAGGAUCAAGGUUUAUUGUGAGAUGCGUCCGGCUGAUGGCUGGAUAGUUAUCCAAAGACGAAGCGGGAGAGCGGUGUCUUUCAAUAAAGGAUGGGCUAAAUAUAGAUUUGGGUUUGGAUCUUUGAAAUUCGACCACUGGCUCGGGCUAGAGAACAUCCAUCUUCUGACUAAGGACAUGACAAAAAGGUGGACUUUGAGAGUGGAAUUGUGGGACCACGAGGGUGGAUUUGCUUUUGCAGAGUACCGUGACUUUAAACUAGGAGAUGAGAGAACAGCUUAUCAACUGCAUGUUGGGACAUACAGCGGAAAUGCAGGCGACGCUCUGCAUGACCAAAACGGCUCAGGCUUCAGCACCUACGACCGUGACAAUGACAACUGCUACCCAUGCAUUUAUGGUGACAUUGCUUUUAAUAAGUGCACCAGCAAGCACGGCAGUGGCUGGUGGUACAGUGGCUGCGGCUCUGCAGCCCUUAAUGGGGAGUGGCGCUCUUCUGCGGACUCCGUCGGCUGGAGCUCAGGCCUUCACUGGCUCACCUGGAAAGGGAAACCUUAUUCAGCAAAGGCCACCAGAAUGAUGAUUAUGUCUGAUUGA